GGCCAUUUUACGGAAGUGUUUUCGGCACCCAAUGCGCACGGAUGCUGCUUAAAUUUGCCAAAUAGCAGUUAUGGAACAGAAGAAUUAUAGCAGCAGCCUGUCCCAAGUGCAGCAUGUCAUCUUGGUUCUGUCCGGAAAAGGAGGUGUGGGGAAGAGUACCAUCACUGCCGAGCUUGCUCUGGCACUGAGGCAUGCUGGGAAAAAGGUUGGCAUCCUGGACGUAGACCUGUGCGGGCCCAGUAUCCCGCGCAUGCUGAGCGUGGGUCGUCCAGACGUGCACCAGUGCGACUCGGGCUGGGUGCCCGUCUACGCCGACGCGGAGAAAAACCUCGCGCUCAUGUCCAUCGGCUUCCUGCUGGACGACCCGGAUGAAGCUGUGGUGUGGAGGGGACCCAAGAAAACAGCGAUGAUUGCUCAGUUUGUGUCAGACGUGGCGUGGGGAGAGCUGGACGUGCUGCUGGUGGACACGCCGCCAGGGACAUCUGACGAGCAUUUGGCCAUAUUGGAGAACCUCAAGAAGCACAAAGUAGUGGACGGGGCUAUUUUGGUCACCACACCUCAGGCAGUUUCCACGGGCGAUGUCAGGAGAGAGGCGACUUUCUGCAAGAAAACGGGAGUGCGCAUCCUCGGCAUUGUAGAAAACAUGAGUGGCUUUGUUUGCCCGCACUGCUCAGAAUGCAGCAAUAUAUUUUCCAAAGGCGGUGGUGAGGAGUUGGCCAAACUUACAGGAUCGUCUUUCCUCGGUUCCGUGCCCUUGGAUCCUCAGUUGAGCGCCAGUGUCGAGCAAGGCAAAGACUUCCUCAAGUCAUUCCCAGACAGUGCCACCUUCAGUGCCAUUAGCGGCAUUACAAAAACUCUCCUCGACAACCUCUUAACUGCCUGAAUGACGUGUAAAAAAUAUAAAGUACAAAAGGGACCACUACAACAAAAGGAAGUAUUUUGCAGACACGUUCAUGUCAGUGUUCCUAAGAAAUCUAAACAUUAAAUGUAUUAGUUAUUAA